ACUCUCUCUCUCUCGAAAGAGAGAGAAAGAACGAAAGUCACACCACCACCCCCUUCUGUCCCUUCUCCACCCAACACCUUAGCCUGCGCGACCCGACCCUUCCCUGGCUUAACCUACGCACACCCCCCAAAAAACCCCUUUUCAUUUCGGAGAGUACAAGGCAUUUCGUCCCUCACCGAGGAAUUCCUAGGGUUAGGGUUAGGGUUAGGAUUAGGGUUAGGGUUCCUGAGAGAUGUGGGAUGCUCGGAGCUUUGAUGAAAUUCAUCUCCCUCUGCUUGAAGCCCUUCUCUGGGAAUGCUUCUGCCGCUGCUGCUGAUGGAGGGAGAGAGAGAAAGGACGGUUUGCUUUGGUUCCGGGACAUUGGCCGCUCUGCCUGCGGCGAUUUCUCCAUGGCCGUCAUCCAGGCCAAUCAGGUGCUUGAAGACCAAAGCCAGAUCGAAUCUGGACCGUUUGGGACGUUCAUUGGCGUCUAUGAUGGGCAUGGCGGGCCCGAGGCAGCUCGGUAUGUCUGCGACCGCCUGUUCCGGAAUUUCCAUGAGAUUUCAUCUGAGGCACAGAAUGUAACAUCUGAAACCAUUCGGAGAGCCUUUCAAGAAACUGAGGAAGGGUUUACUGCCCUCGUUUCUGAGCUGUGGACAACUCGACCACAAAUGGCAACUGUUGGAUCGUGCUGUCUUGUUGGGGUUGUCUGUCAGCAAACCCUAUAUGUUGCCAAUGUGGGAGAUUCUCGUGUCGUGUUGGGAAAAAAAGUUGGAAACACGGGAGGAGUUGCUGCCAUACAACUAUCUACUGAACACAACGCUAACUUGGAGGCCGUGAGGCAUGAGCUUCAGGAAUUACAUCCAAACGACCCUCAAAUUGUUGUUCUUAAACAUGGUGUUUGGAGAGUAAAAGGCAUCAUUCAGGUUUCUAGAUCCAUAGGUGAUGUAUAUAUGAAACACGCCCGGUUCAACAGGGAACCGAUCAAUGCGAAAUUCAGACUUCCAGAACCAAUGAACAUGCCAAUCUUGACUGCCAAUCCAUCUAUUAUCUCUCUCCCUCUUCAACCAAAUGAUUCUUUUCUCAUAUUUGCCUCCGAUGGUCUAUGGGAGCACUUAAGCAAUGAAAAAGCAGUGGAGAUUGUUCACAACCAUCCACAAGCAGGAAGUGCCAAAAGGCUCAUCAAGGCUGCUCUCCAAGAAGCAGCUAGGAAACGAGAAAUGCGAUACUCAGAUCUCAAAAGGAUCGACAAGAAGGUCCGACGGCACUUCCACGACGAUAUUACAGUCAUUGUUUUAUUCCUAAAUCACGACCUUAUCUCCAGAGGCUCGAUGCAAGGCGCUCCCAUAUCCAUUCGAAGUGCUUUGGAACACUGACGAUACACGAAACUGCCUGUUUUAUUUCCCCCUGAUUACUGCCAACAGCAGAAGACUGUGGAUCCAAUCCCCUCGAGGGAUAUUGCGAUGAUCCUCGAGGAUUAUUAGAGAGCAGCUUCUCGCAAGCAGUUGCUGCACUGCCCAGAGAUUGAUCUGUACAAUGGUUACAGCAAACUUGUCAGAAGACGGUUCAAGUACAGUGCUCCUUUAAUGCCCUGAUAAAUACUCAUUUGAAACUCGUGUUAUUAUCUUUGUUUCUGAAUUGCAAUAUUACCAGAUUCAUUCUGCAUUCUGGUGAGAGGGGGCGUGGACGAGGAAAGCAAAGACUCCAAAAUCGGUAAAAUAGGAAGGAAAUGAAGAAUCUGUUCUCAUGAUCAAGGAGUGAAAAACCGCAGCUUAUGGAUCAGGUGUUGCCAUGUAAUCCUAAACAAUCACCAGGCUGUAGUCGAUUUAUUGAACUAAGUUAUCUUUUUAGUGGAAUUGAGCAAGUGGUUUGCUGUCA